AUGUUCCUUUUCUAUCCGUCGGCCGAAGCUUGUGGGUGGCAGCGAUCGGGGGGUUGGACGCAGGUCAGCAGUGCUGGCAGGAGUGCUGGCAGGAGUGCUGGCAGCAGUGCUGGCAGGAGUGCUGGCAGCAGUGCUGGCAGGAGUGCUGGCAGCAGUGCUGGCAGGAGUGCUGGCAGCAGUGCUGGCAGGAGUGCUGGCAGCAGUGCUGGCAGGAGUGCUGGCAGCAGUGCUGGCAGCAGUGCUGGCAGGAGUGCUGUACCUCUGGCAGAUGCCGCACCUCCUCGCCCUCGCCUGGGAUUCAUGAGGGAGGCUGAGGAUUCAGCAAGGCAAGGGCUGCCAGGCUCGCAUGUUCCAUCCAAGUGCCAUCUCCCCUCCCCCACACCCCCCCCUCCAAGUGCCAUCUCCCCUCCCCCCACGCACCCCCCCUCCUCCCCUUGUGCGUUGCAGGUGGGCGGCAGCGAGUGGAGGGCUGGAGUGGGGGGCGGGGGUGCUAGCAGGCGCGCUGUACCUCUGGCAGAUGCCGCACUUCCUUGCUCUCGCCUGGCUCUGCCGCAAGGACUAUGCUGCCGGGGGCUACCGCAUGCUGUCACUAGCGGACCCCACGGGGCGGCGCACAGCAGCAGCAGCGCUGCGCAACUGCUGCUACCUGCUGCCACUGGGACUCGCUGCCGUCUCUCUGGGGUGCACGACAGCACCGUUUCUAUGGGAGAACGUGCUGCUAACAGGGGCGUUCACAGCAGCGGCAGUGCCCUUCUAUCGCAGCCCCUCGUCAGCAUCAGCCAGGCAGCUGUUCCGCGCCAGCCUGCUCUUCCUGCCCGCCCUCAUGGCCGCCAUGCUGCUGCACCGCCUCCCCACCACCCCCUCCCCGCCCAUGCUCUCUCCCCGCCUCCGCGCCCGCACUCACCCAUGCGCCCGCACUCACCCAUGCGCCACUUCCCUCCCACACUCCUGCAGUGA